UUACGAAACCGGGUCUGGCCACACCGAGCCGGGACCCCGAUGCCGAUGGAUGGUACGAUCCCCGCAUUCGCUUCGCCCAUUCGCUAUUCAGUCGAACGCGGCGUCUCGUUGCGCACGCAUGUCACAUUUUUUUAAAACGGUACGCGAACCAGCUGUAUUGUCGAACAACGAUAAAAAUAAAUACGAUAUGCAUUCAUGAAACAAACUGCUAAACAAAACGAGUGUACUCAACAACUGGUGUUUUUGCAAACCCGCAACUUGUUACUUACAACGGGAUUGUUUUGAUAACAUAGUCGCCGAAACCGAGUCGUGCAUCGAUUUUACCCAGAAAAAUACUUUGGAUUGAAGUGUUUUACAAGUGUUUAGUGGCUCUCAAGGAGGCUGUGUGACCCUACUAUGUCAGUAAGAAACAGUGUUAUUAGUGAAAAGUUUACCCGACCCUCCAGCACGGGAUUGUUGUCAUAAAGUCGUGAAGUUAGUGUGAUUAUUUUUGGAAUUACAUGCGUGGGUUCCGUUGCCCACGUUCGCUACUUCUAUAUAGUGCGCUUUGACUCAGCUCUUGAAGCGUGUAAGAAGCCUAACUCGUGCGAACUUCUCUGUUAUUAAACCACAGGAAAAAUGAUGUGGCCGUCAUCACAAGCGAGUAAAAUACUCACGUUUCUACUUCUAGUCAUUGUUGUAUACUGCAUAUGCAUGGACACACUACUAUUUUUAAGGAUACAAAAUUAUAAAAUUGAUAUAUUCGAUGUAGAAACGAAUGUAACGCACGAAUCCACAACGUUGAAAGAAACUAGAACGCUACCGAGCUACGAGGAAUCGACAUGGAUUCCUUGUACUAUAAACCCUUUGUGCCAUCCAACGGUGAAGGCGUUAAUGGUGGAUCAUAUCAACCACUAUAUUUAUGGGCCUUUGUGUGCGAUCGUGGAUUUAGGUCUAGGCAUUUCUGAGAACAUGAAGUUCAUAACACCGAACAUGAUAUCUUUCUUCCACGUCUUCGUCGCACUGGUAGGCGCGAAACUGGUGACCAGUCCGAGUCUAGCUUCAAGGAGGAUAGGCGUAGUGCUGUUCCAAAUAAGAAUGUUUCUGGAUGACCUGGAUGGCCAUGUAGCUAGAGAGAGAAAACAUAUAAAGGGAGAGAAGUCAGAAGUUGGAACGCUGGGAUACUGGGUGGACGGUAUUUGUGACACAUUAGGUGUUAUUGCCAUGAUGGUCGGGAUAAUGUUGUAUUUACGAAACAAUCCCCCGAGACGUGGCUACAAAAACACACCCGUCAGCACCCUCCCCUACCACCAGUUGAAAGAAAUAAACUCCACGGAGGAUAUUGAGAAGGACCACAACACCGACAAUGGCAUUUCGUACAAAACUAAAGUGACCUUCCAGAAGAUAGUUCAAGUUAUUGGUCUGUUCUCGGGCCAGAUGUUGCUGUCCUCAUUAUCUUGGAACAGAUACAUAGAUAUUUACCAAGACCUGUUAGAGAACUGUACUGAAUACGAUGUUAUAAGACGUGAAACUAUGUUCAAGUCUGGUAAGUUUUUCUUUGCGUCAGGCAUUUGGAGGAUAACGAACCCUCACAGUUACCUCCACGCCCUCUCCCUAGCAGUGUUCUGUGAUAAAACCUGGUGUUUCCUAAAAACUGUACACUACGUUGGCUAUUUAGGCUUAGUCGUAUCUGUGGGUAUUUCAGAAUUCCUAAUUGAUAAUAUUAGAUCUUACGUCAUGGCGGGAAUCGAAGGGCGAUGAUUUAUUUUCUUACGAAAUACGAAAACGUGUUACAAACGUAGGUAGUUGUUGAAAUGUUAUAAAUAAGGUGCUCUGUUAUAUUUUUGGAUAAAUAAAAUGAAUAUAAUAAUAGUUGUUUCUUCCAAAUUCUAAUAGGCUAGUCUUUGUUUGGUAAAAUAAACUGUUAAAGAAAGUAAUUUAACCUCUUAUCCCGCAGUCAAGAAUUCCGUUAAUAUUUUAAAGUUAAAAUUAGAACAGAUACUAAAAUAGUUCGAUCUCAAACCAGUUGCGUUCACUAUUGUUUAUGGUUGCACUGUUUAAUGUCUGUGGAACGAAGUGAGAUGGGUGUUUCUUAUCGUGGAAAGUGAAACGUAAAUAACAAAUAUCUACUGCUUUUGAACAACUAAGCAAGUAACUAGUUGUGUAAUCUAUUGAAACAACGGAACUUUACGUAAAUAAUUAGGUAUUAUGGUAUUGUCAGGAGAUUUAAGGUCCCUUAUCUAACCAUGCUUUAAUCUAGUAAAUUUAGUUUUAUAGAAUUAGCCAAUUAAAAAAUGCGUCAGUAACUAUUUAAUCCAAAAAAUACUAUGACCUACUUUAUCUGUUAAACACUCAUACCAACCAUACCUACAUAUUUCAACUGACCACAGAAACAGAUGUUCUCAAUUCAACAAACAGUCAUUCGUUUUUUCUAUCAAGCUACCUUUUGACGAUUACGCGUAACUUUUUUAUAGAACAAUCCGUUAUUUUAUAUCUGCAAAAAUUCCGAUGAAAUAGGUAGCCAUUUUGACCGUAUGAACUCCAAAAUUCAACAACAAUAAAUUACAAUUAAUUAAGUACGUGGGAUUAAAUCCUUAGUUAAUCCACAUUUAAUAGUUAACAUGUAGUUAUAUAGUUGAGUUGGAAACUAACUAAAUAAUUCCCAAAAGGUUUAACUAAUUAUGUUGUAAAGUCAUUAAACCCGUUUCUACUAAUGUUUAAUUGUCUGGUUGGUCCAGAUACUGUGUACAUGGUUUCGUAAAAUUUGCCAGUUUGCCUUUAUCCCCAUCAUAUCAGGCACAAAACGUCUAGUUACUGUUGAACAUAGACCUCCCAAUGACUUCUAGGUUUAUCUGUUGGAAGCGACCUAAUUCUCUUUGCAUAAAAUUACGACAUAAAUAGCUUAACUAAUUUCUAUCGAACUUAGGCCAGAGAUAGAUGGAUAUUUGAAGAUUGUGAUUGUGAUAGUUUUUAUACGCCGUCAAAAACUUGUAAAAAGGCAAAGUUUAACAUAGUACGCUCCGUGAUUUCAUCGCACAUUUUAAGUGUUGUUUUUAUGACUCACUCAACUAUUGUACGAGAGGAUUGCUAACAAAUAAUAUAACUCCAUAAAAUAUAACGUAAUAACUUUUAUUAUAACUAGUUAUAUAUUUUUAUCAGCUCGACUUUGCGGUUGAAGCUGAUGUAGUUUUUAAUUAUAUUAGCGUAAUAUUACCCCUUAAUCAACUUCUAAAAUUGGAUGUUCGGAUUCUGAGGUCAUUAACAACCACAGUACUCUUUUAAGCUUUAAUAAACUCAGCUACAAAAUAUUUUGUUAAUCAUUGAUCAAAUGAUCCUGUCUAACUCUUCCUGUAGAAAAGCUUUGAUGUUUAUCCAAAUCAAUGUUACGGAUAUUCGCUCCAAGAUUGAGACGUUUCAUUCAUUAAAGACCCCUAUUUUUGCUUACCUCCGGAAAUGAUUGCAGAAUGGUCUUAUUCAAUCUUUCCCCCUUCUCUCCUGACAUGAGAGACUACAAUAGGGUUAUUAGGUUUUCAGAGCGUAAACAUUGUCUCACAAUGAUGCGUGGCAACGAUACUGUGAUCCAUCGACCUAUUGUUGAAAAAAUAUCGGAGUACAUUACAAUAGGCUACCCCUGUUACUUGGUAUACAAGUAUCUAUUGAACUGUUUGUCUGCGUUAAGUGUAAAAUGAAAAGUCAAAGGAUUCAGAUACACCUUGCCUUUUGGGGUAAACGAAUUGAUUUGGCGUUUAAGGUGGGGAAAUCUUCUUGCAGAAAUAGUUAGAUUCUCCAAAGCUUCGUCCAAAAUAAGACACGGUUUUGGUCCAGUAAUUCGCCCUGCCGAAAGGUCUUCAUAAAGAUAUUUGAAAAGCCACUUGUUGCUAUGUUAACUUUGUUCUUACUACAAUCUUGUUAAUAUUAAUGACCCAGACCCAUUAUAAGUUAGUAAUUAGGACCAAACUAAUCAUCCCCCAUUACAUUUGUUUCUAAUAUCAUUAUAAUUUCCAUUUCUGAACCGAAUUGAUGAUUUUUAUCGUGUUUACUAUCUUAUCGAUUUGAGUUUAAUAACUAGUUGUUGUUGGAGUAAACAACGUUACGUCCACACGAAGUAAAGUAACCAAAUGUAAUUUGAAAGUUAUUAAUUCGUACACUUGUUGAUCUAAAUGUUCACAAGUAACUUUUGGUCUGAAAUAGUCUUUGAUAAUUACAAAUACAAUUUUCUUCGUAACUAUAAAAUAACUUCGGUCGUCGGUCUGCUCUAUGUUGCAGGUACACCUUGCGAAGUAUGAAUGACAUAAUUAUCGGAGUACUUUUAGCCCGAAAGCCAUUUUUGUAGCAUUAGGUACUUACCUAUAAGUAGACGUGCGAAAACGAAUAAGAUAAUAGUUAGUUAAGUAGAAAAUGGUCUUACAAUUCACUAAACAGAAAUAUUUUGGCGCAUGUAACAAAAAUGUCAAUCAUGACUCAGUUCGGACUUUUUCGGAUGUUCAUUUUUGUUUUUUUUUCCUUAUCGUAAUCAAAUGCUGAAAGGGUUUUGUACAUCUGUUUGAAUUGUAUUGUAGUUUUCAAAGACUGGGUCAAUGUCUAAUCUCAUUGUGAUAUGAAUAAUCCAAGGUUAUCUGUUUAUGAGGAGUUAAGGUUUUUGUCUGACCUAUUGGUUUAUUCUCCAGAUUUAGAUACAGAAUACUUAGAAUAUAUUUGCCUGGAAAGUCCUUUUCGUGGUUUCUACCAUCAUGCUAUUUAUCUAAAGUCCGAACUGACUCUGCUUGUGCAACCAAUGGCAGAAUAAGGCAGCAAAUAAAUAGGAUAAAGUAGCAAGAAUCUAUAUUGUUCUGUCUACCUUGAACAAACAAAAUAGUAUUCAAUGACUUCGUUAAACCUUUGUUGAUUCGUUUAGAUUUCGAUACGCGUCGACAAUUCACAGACAUUGACUGAUUUUUUUUAACUUCGCGGUGUUGACUUGCAUAUAAAAAUAUUUAUUUUUAACUUUUUAUCCAAUAGUCAAUCAUGCAUGCGGUUCGAAAACGAGUACAGAGUAAAAAAUAACAAAAAAUCACUAGGCUGCGCGACGUUGCCGCGACCGCGUACGCUACUCAUGAGGAAGAACCCCUCUGAGGUUCGAAACUAGUAGUGCUUUUAUCAGAAUAUUCACGAGUGUAACCCGCGAUUUUUAGUUAAUUUAGCUAGUACGUCUCACGAUAGUUAUUAUAAAAACAAUAAAAGUUAUAUUAAAUGCUGAAGGCAAAGCAAUAAAUUCAAUAACCCACUUUUUCUUUUUCAACUCGAUUUACGAUACUUAUUUAACUACUGCUGUUGAUAUGAUUAGCUUUACCUAGACGUCGAUGGCAUUCACCUUAGCCAGUUAUGUUAAUUGUGGCAUUAGUAAGCCUAACUCGUAUUCUGCCUUGUUUGUUACUACGCAAAAAUAAAAUAUUCUAAAGACAUUCAAAAAUGUAUUUGGGGUUCCGAAAUGUAGAUCGUCAGUCUUUGCAUGUUCGCGACGAGACUAUUCUACUCAUCUUCUCCUUAUUUCUUUUAGCAAACUUAGUUACAUCAAAUUCGGUUUAGCGCUUUGAAAUCAUUAAAACUCAUUUUCACAUGAGAUUAAUCAUUUUCAGACAGUAUUCUAUGCAAAAUAAUGUCGUUAAAAUUAACAAAUUAAGUAACUAUUAAACAUGCUAUCGAAAUGUCUUGUAUAAAAUGUUAAUUAGUAUUUUUACGGUGGUGUAAUGAGACAUGAGAGAGACCAAUGGAAAAUAUCUCCAUCUCUUUCACACACGUCAUUUGAACUUUCUGCUUUUGGAUAACUACCCUCUCUUUCUAUAAAGAUACGAGGUUAAACGGUUCUCACACAUAAUCUUUUAUCCAUAUUUGUCUGGACUUAAAAGAGACAGACCUCUGAGUUUGUUU